AUGGACUACAGCUCCCAACAUGCAGCACGACGUCUUAACCAAAACUAGCUCUCAUCCCCAAACAGGAAGGAUAAGAAGAACCACACAAACAAGCUUCGAGAACUGGCCCUGCUGAUCCCUGUGACCAUGACGACCAGAAACAAGAAGCAUACCAAGAAGGAGAUCCUGCUGCGUGUCCUGCACUACAUCCACUACCUCCAGAGAUGCAUUGAUGUGGUCCAGGCUUUGCUCAAGCUCCACAACAGCGAUAGCAAAGGUGGAUUUGUGGGUAAGCAGUUCCACCUCCAACAUGCUUUUCUGGCUCCAGAUCCUGAUUCAGACUCUGCCAUGACCAUAGCCUCUCUGGGCUUCAGUCCUACAAUCCGGCUGGGUCGGAACCCAUCUGCCGGCCCAACCCACAGACACUCCACUCCCUCCAGCCAUCAGAAGUCGUACCUUUGGGAGCGCCCAACCUGGCCCCAGAAGCCUCACCGCUCUCUGGCUUUGAAUCAGCCUGAAAAUUUGGUCACUGUAAACCCAGGUCAGAAAGAAGAAAACAGGGAAGGUGCCACCUACCCAAGAGACUUCAGCCCUGGCACCCACCCCACAUCUGCACUAUCCCUGUCAGAAAGUGAUGGAGGAGGGACCCAGCUGGUGUACUUGGACAUGGCUCAGAAUAUUGUUGCCUAUGACAUCAUAAGUGAUUGGGGUGCAGGGACCCAGGAUGGUGAGCUUGACACUGACAUCAAGGCUCAGAGCAGAGAUCAGAGGUCCUGUUUCCUCACCAAAGCAGAGCCCUAUCUCAGCUCUCACAGGCAGAAGCUAUUCUUGUGUACUUCCAGUGAGACACACAAAGAAACCCCAGACACUGACCCUUGGCUUCCUGCGUGGACCUCAGAAGACAGCCCCAAUGGAAGCCCACUGGCCUCGGAGUCUUCCCAGAGCAAUACCUGGCAUGAGACGAACUACCUGAGUGAGAUCUUAGGACUCAGCUCUUCCCUCUUCAGCUCCCCAAGCAAAAUCCUGCCAGAUCAUGUCCUGGAGGACGAGACCUACUUUCUGACUGAAGGUCUCUUGGAGCCUUUGCCUGCUGCCUGUGAACUGGAGGACCCCCAAGAGAAGGUCCAGGACACACCCACAGCCCCACCUAACUUCCAGUCCUCAGUCUCACUGGACCACUGCUACCUGUCGCUGAGUGAGAACACCAAGGUGCUGUCUAGCUGCAGCUCCAGUUCAGAGUCCACAGACACUGAGUCCCUGUGGGGACAGGAGUCUUCUGUCCUGCAGCAGGCCAACCAUGUGGGCUUACAGACCCCCAGUGAUGAGGACAGAGACUACACAUGGACACCUACUCGACAGUCUUCUGGCCUGCCAGUAGCUGGCAAGAAGACCAAGAAGGUCCAAGCAAGCCAGGGCUCUGGGAAGCUCAAGGAGAGCAGAAAGGCCUGCCCUGGCCAGGUGAAGAAAAAGUGUGUUAAUGGCUUCAUCAUGUUCUGCAGGAUGAACCGGAAGCAUUACAUUCGAGCCUGGCCUGGGAUUGCAUCCACAGCUGCCACUAAGGACCUGGCUCAACUGUGGCGAGAGAUGACUCUGGAGGAAAGGAGACCAUACUGCACUAAGGCACGCAGGUUCAGCCGCCAGCACAACCGCAUUGUGAAGCGGGAGAGCUCCAGCAGUGAGGACGACGAUGGGGAGACCCCUAAGCCCUUCUACCAGCUGAUGGCUGACAGGGUCCAAGUGCCUUUGGCCCUGGCUUUACUGCCCUCCCCUCACUGCCAGUGAGAGGAGCAGCCCCUGCUGGGUCUGCCAUCUGCUUAGCUCCCAGGUCCCCCAAUGUUUGUUUCCUUUGGGCCUCA